GCUGCGUCGCCCCCGGGCUCGGCACGAUGUCUGGGGGUCUCCUGAAGACGCUGAGCAGCGAUUCCUACGUGGAGCUGAGCCAGUACCGGGACCAGCACUUCCAGGGUGACAAUGAAGAACAGGAAAAAGUACUGAAGAAGAGCUGUACAUUGUAUGUUGGAAACCUUUCCUUUUAUACAACUGAAGAACAAAUCAAUGAACUCUUCAGCAAAAGUGGAGACAUAAAGAAAAUCAUUAUGGGCCUGGAUAAAAUGAAGAAAACUGCAUGUGGGUUCUGCUUUGUGGAAUACUACUCAAGAGCAGAUGCAGAAAAUGUCAUGCGGUACAUAAACGGAACUCUACUGGAUGACCGGAUAAUUCGCACAGACUGGGACGCGGGCUUUAAGGAGGGCAGACAGUACAGCCGUGGGCGGUCUGGGGGCCAGGUACGAGAUGAGUACCAGCAGGACUAUGAUGCCAGGAAAGGCGGCUAUGGAAAACUGGCCCAAAACCAGUGAGC